CCUCAUUGAUAGGGCUUGUGGGCUUUUCCUUGGCCGGGCCCCGACUGAUGUGCAGCCAUGGGCAACUUGAUCAUUCCAGGUGAAACCGCUUUGUCUGGCCGCAUCUACAAGGAGUGGUUAGCUCACCAAGGCCUGGAUGGGCUAACCCCUGAAUCUGUCAAUGCCGCGCCAGUCGGGCUGCGGAACGUCCGCAACAUGUGUUUUUUGAAUGCCAUCCUGCAGAGCAUGUACUUCACGCCAAUGCUUCGCCGAAACCUGGCCCUCGCCUGCGAAAGCGUGGUGGUGAAAGACGAGUGGCUCAUCGCAUUGCGCCAGCUUUUUGCUGAGCUCGAUUCCUCCCGAACUUCCAAAGCCUGCGUGGCGGCGACACGAAUGGCGUCCCUGAUCCAAGCUGCCUCCACAAACGGUGAGUUUCAGCAUGGGGAGCAGGCAGACGCGCAUGAAGCAUUCAUGCUGCUGAUCUCCAAGCUUCUUGAGGGCUGCAUCGCGGCAAGAGGCCUGUCUGUUACCGAGAAGGAGCAGAUUGAGCAAAGCAGCUUGAUAGGCCACAUAUUCGGGAUGAGCCUCAGCCAGUCAGUCAGCUGCAAGACCUGCGGGGAUAAGUCGGUGAGAAGCCGCGCGGAGUAUUGCUUUUGCGUGACUUGCCCAGUGGAUGCUGGGGGCCGGCACCGAAAAAUUGACGUGAAGGACUUGUUGAUGACGUAUACGCAGGAAGAGCACAUCAACGAGUGGAAGUGUGACAAAUGCUUUCACCCAGGGUGCGUGCGUCAAGCGGGGAUUGCGCACCCGCCCAACAUUCUGAUGGUCCACAUCAGUCGGCCCCAGCAAGGCUGGACAUCGCAGGUCACCUUUGAGCGGGAGCUAGCAAUUCAGUGCGACGCAGCCAGCUACCGUAAGAUGCGGUACCUCAUCUACGCAGUCAUUGUUUACCGCUCUAUGGGCACCAAUGGUGGCCAUUACUUCGCCUUUGUGCGCUCCGGACGGGGGCAGAGCGAGCAGUGGUACUUGGCCGAUGAUGAUGAAAUCAGAUCCGUUUCCUGGGCAGAGGUCCAAAGAGAAGAGCCCUUUAUGCUUCUCUACGAGGCCAGAAAGGUUAUCCCUCCAAUCGCCACCGAUUCGGAGCAGCGCCUAUUGGAAGAGGAGCGACUGCAACAAGCUCGCCUGGAGGAGGAAGCCCGGGCUCAGGAAGCGCUCCAGAUGAGAAAAGCUGAGGCGGCCGAGGUCGCUUGCAGGCAGGUGGAACCGCCGACGGCAAGGCAGCUGGAGAAGCAAAGGAGGCUGGAAAAGGAAGAGGUUCUGGCAAAGAAGCUUCACGAGCACGAGGACCCGUACACGCCCGCCACAGAGCUCUCCUCUACGACGGCAGGAUCUGAGGGCAGGUCUCGACAGGAAGAUCACCCUUGGCCAGCCCGUCUUCGAACAGAGCGGGCCAUGGAGUUCAACCGGUGGUCAAUCUUUCAUUCGUGCCACUGCAGCCUUCCCCCUGCCGAGUUUUCCGAUGGCUUGGAAGACGACGCGUUGCACUGUAUGUAGAAAUCAAAAUUCCGCAAUUCGAGCUUCAGGCCUGGCGGUAUGCGUGGGCUAUGGGCCCAAUAUAUAUCCCAUUUUGCACGCAACUUGUGCCAUUCCCCUUUUUGGCUGCAGCGUUUCCCUGGGCAGUGCUUCCUGUGUCCCCUAUAGUGGUCC